AUGAGAGAGAUUGUUCAUGUGCAAGGAGGACAAUGCGGCAACCAGAUCGGUGCCAAGUUCUGGGAAGUCAUUUCUGACGAACACGGAAUUGACCCUACUGGUACCUACCACGGAGACUCCGACCUUCAGCUUGAAAGAAUUAAUGUCUACUACAAUGAAGCCACUGGAGGCAGAUACGUCCCAAGAGCAGUCCUUAUGGAUCUUGAGCCAGGCACCAUGGACUCAGUCAGAGCUGGCCCAUUCGGACAACUCUUCCGCCCUGACAACUUUGUUUUCGGACAAAGUGGAGCUGGUAACAACUGGGCAAAAGGACACUACACUGAAGGCGCUGAGCUCAUUGACACAGUUCUUGAUGUUGUCAGAAAAGAAGCUGAAGGUUGCGACUGCUUGCAAGGUUUCCAGAUCACCCACUCCCUUGGAGGUGGCACUGGCUCUGGUAUGGGCACUCUUUUGAUCUCAAAGGUCAGAGAAGAGUAUCCAGACAGAAUCAUGGAGACCUUCUCAGUCUUCCCAAGCCCUAAAGUCUCAGAUACCGUCGUAGAGCCUUACAAUGCAACUCUUUCAGUCCACCAACUUGUCGAAAACUCUGAUGAAGUCAUGGUCAUUGACAACGAAGCUUUGUACGACAUUUGCUUCAGAACCCUCAAGCUGACCACCCCAACCUAUGGAGAUUUGAACCACCUUGUCAGUGCCUCCAUGUCUGGAGUUACCUGCUCAAUCAGGUUCCCAGGCCAACUGAACGCUGAUUUAAGAAAACUCGCUGUCAACUUGAUCCCAUUCCCAAGACUUCACUUCUUCAUGAUUGGCUUUGCUCCUUUGACCUCCAGAGGUUCCCAACAAUACAGAGCCUUAACAGUCCCAGAACUCACCCAACAAAUGUUCGAUGCCAAGAACAUGAUGUGCGCCAGUGACCCAAGACACGGUAGAUACCUGACUGCAGCCGCCAUUUUCAGAGGAAGAAUGUCAACCAAAGAAGUCGACGAGCAGAUGUUGAACGUGCAAAACAAGAACUCCAGCUACUUCGUCGAGUGGAUCCCUAACAACAUGAAGUCUUCAGUCUGCGAUAUUCCACCUAAAGGACUUAAGAUGGCCGUCACUUUCAUUGGCAACUCUACUGCAAUUCAAGAGAUGUUCAAGAGAGUCGCCGAACAGUUCACUGCAAUGUUCAGAAGAAAAGCUUUCUUGCAUUGGUACACUGGUGAAGGUAUGGACGAGAUGGAAUUCACUGAAGCUGAAAGCAACAUGAACGAUUUGGUCAGUGAAUACCAACAAUACCAAGACGCAACCGCUGAAGAAGAAGGAGAAUUCGAUGAGGAAGAAGAAGCAGCUGCAUAA